AUGGCCGCUGGCGGCAUCUCCCUGGCGGACCCGCUGCCGACGAUCCUCGCGCACGCGCUGCACGGGCUCGCGGCCAUCAAGCAGGCGCGCGACCUGAACGAGUGGCGGUCGGCGGCGGACCCGCUGGCCGCCAUCGCGGGCGAGGCUGACCGCCUCGUCGCCGCCCUGCACCUCGUGCGCGACGUCCCCGAGCUGCAGACCCCCGACGUGAAGGCCGCCCUGCUGGGCCUGACCCACCUCGCGACCUCGCUGUCGUCGACCCUCAUGGUCAUGGCCGCGGAUAGCUUGCGCGUGCGCACGCCGGUGGGGGCUGAGAGCGCGGCGAGUGUUGCGCGGGCGGCGGAGGUGCAGGCGGAGGUGAGGGCUUGUUUGAGAGGCGGUGCUGGCGCGGCUGGGGUGGGGCGAGGAGGGAGUUUGCGGUGCUGGUGGGGAGGGUGUAUGUGGGUGUUACGGGGGGGUGUGAAGGAGGGGUUUUGGGUGUCGAGGAGGGAGGUGGUGGAGGUGGGGGAGAAGGUGAGGGGGGUGCUGGGCGUGGAGAUGGUGUUGGCUGAGAGGCUGGGGGCGAGGUUGGGGGAGGGCAGUGAGGACCUCAUCAAGCUGAACGACGCCGAUGCUGCGCUGCUAGGACUGCCGCAGACGACGAGCGUCAAGAUUGAACAGUGGCGGGCGGGCAUGAGCGACUAA